AUGGGCGACGAGAUCGAACGACGGCUCGUUCGGAAAUCUUUGAAUGACGCGCUACGGGUAAAUGCGAUGAUGAUGAAGAAAGAUGCCCAAGAUUACACGAUAGCCAAGUUGAUUCGAGUAGACGCGCCGGCCAGACGGAAAUGGCUGGAAAGCAUAUUCGACGUUGCACGUAGACAGAGCCUGAAGGAAAAUUUGCUAUCACUCGCUGACAUGGAGAACAUCAUGAGUCAAGUCGUCACAACACGCAGUGAUCGUGCUGCCGCUCUCUUCAAAGCGUAUGAUGUCCCGGAUUUUAUAGACAUCGAAUACUCAACGGCCACAAAAAUUAUGCAAAAGCCCGAACGAAGGGGUCAGGAUAGUGGUGAUGUCCGAAGAAUGACCGACGCCUAUGUGCAACGUUUCCUUUUCGUACAACAAAGGAUUUCUCGACUGACUGCCUUUGCGGGGAUCAAGUUCCAGAAAAUCGAAGACCUGCUGUCAAUUUCCCAUCCGGUCGAGCAUACGGUCGUUUUGGCCAUGUUGACGCAACAAAAGGCAGACACAUGGCACCUCGAGGACUUGACGGGCACGGUUCAGGUUGAAUUUGCACCUGAUUGCGCGUAUCAUGAGGGUCUAUUUUCGGAGGGAUGUGUGAUGAUUUUUGAGGGCACCUACCAGUCGCUGCUGUUCACGGCAACGAGCGUCGGGCUGGUCCCGGCAGAACGGGCAGAAGAAACACGCAAGGCCUACGGAAAUGCCAACUGGUUUGCCGGGGACGAGAAGCUGUGCUUUAGAAGCAGUAACAAGCUGCGCGUGAUGGCCCAAUACCACGGGAAGGAAUACAUCAUAGCCCUCAGCGAUUUUCACCUUGACAAUCCGAAGGUGCUGACCGCGUUUCGAAAGAUCCUCGACGGCUAUCGAUACCAGCCGCCCAUCGCGUAUAUUUUGUGCGGUAAUUUCUCCUCGCAAUGCCGACAGCCACAAACAAUGGAGGUGCUCCACCGGGGAUUCCGGCACUUAGCCUCGGUGCUCGAGGAGUUUGAGGCCGACCACGCUGAGACGCACUUUAUCUUCGUGCCCGGUCCCGACGACCCACCGACGCAAUGUGUGACCCCGCGACUUUCGUUGCCCAGCGAGCUAUGCGAGGAGUAUUUGCAGCGGUGGCCAAAAUGUCAAUUCGUCGGAAAUCCGGCUCGCGUCCAGCUGGCCAACUCCGAGAUUGUCGUCUACCGCGAGGACGUAAUCGAGAAGUUAUGCCGACAUGCUGUCAACGUCCCUGCGACGGAACAGGAACUGGCAAAGGCCGCCGUCCAAACGGUCCUCAGCCAGGCUCAUCUGUGCCCGGUGCCCAUCCAUGUAUCGCCCGUGAUAUGGAAUCUCGACCAUGCGCUACGAAUGCCAGCACUUCCCGACACGCUCAUUAUUGCCGACAAGUUCCAACCUUUCCAUGAGUCGAGCAAGGAAUGCAACGUCGUCAACCCGGGUCCGUUUUGGGCGACGCCCCAUUCGUUUAUGCUAAUCCGCCCCUACCAGCGCGAGGUGGAACAUUCGGAGCUCGGCCAGCUCAUCACCGAGCCCAACGACUUUUCGCAGACGAUGCACGCCUCUUCCAACAGCACCCAAAAUGCUGGGGUAUCCCCGUGGCCGCGCCGUCCCGCGAAAAUGCAGCGACUGGUGAUGGUGGUCAUAUGUUCGGCGCUUUUCGCCCAGAUCGCUCAAGCCAACCUGUCUAUCGGGCGACUCGUGCUGCUCAAUGGCCCAAGACGAGCAGAGCGCUCGUUGACUCGAAAUCAAAUGGGGAUCCCGGAAGUGGCCAAACGGGCCCAACCCCAGCAAAGUGAAGACUGGCCCAUAUGCUCUACCAGCAUGGAGCGAAUCGCAACUCUCCGGGCCCAACUCUCACGGCUAGAAGUCGAGCUGGCCGCCGAGCUCGAGGCAGCCCGCCGCUGCUCGCUGCACCAAUUC